UUAAAGUAGUGGAGAACUAUCUUCGUCCCAAACUGAGGAGAUAUUUACAGAGGGAAAAAUGGCAGAACUCAGCGAUGCCACUGAGAAGCCCAAUGGCGUUUUUGUGGAGGUGACUGGCAACGACGACGAAUCCUACACUUUCAGGGGGGCCCACCAAGAAUUACCCACUCUCUCGUCCGUUCUCCACAAUCUGAUGUCUGAGAUUCUCUUUUCCGAUCCCAAUUCACCAAGUCAUGUGUUUCACCGGAUCAAAUCCUCUUUCUGCAAGAACGUACCUCUCCUUGGCGAAGCUUCGAGAAACACGGGUCGUGACGUUCUCCUCUGGACUCGCCGUGGCAGUUCUCUCCGUGCCCUCCUUGUUAUAUCUGUGGGGACUAUCACUCUUCUUACUUUGACAGGAUUAGCAGUCUUCAUGCUUUUCUUUCUUGCAGCAACGAUCAAUGCCAUUGUAAUCUCUCUUCUCGUGUCUCUAGCUGCGGCAGGAGGGUUCUUGGCUCUUUUCUUUGCCUGUGUGACAGCCAUUUACAUUGGGGCUUUAUCGGUGGCUAUAUUUGUUAUCUCCACAGCAACAAUUUCAGCAAUCAUAGCUGUUAUGAUAGCUACAGGUUGGAUUGGAUUCUUUUGGACUGUGUGGUUGGCGUCGAAGAAGAGUGUGGGGCUUGCUGUGCACUCAGUGAGCGCGACUGGUUUAGCACUUUCAUCUUACUCUUCUGCUCGGCAUGCUCGACGACAUCAUGAUCCUAAAGUGUCAGAUUGAAGUGUAGCUGUCAAAAGAAAGUGUGGCGUGUGUGUAAAAUUAUGGUUUGCAUUAUUAGAUAUGUUCAUUCAUGUUUUAUGCAGUUGCCUGAUCUUCUUGAGAUCAUCUACGAUGGAGAUAAAGUUGCUACUAUGAUAUUGUUUAUGCUGUUGACUCAUCUUCUUGAGAUUAGCAACCAUGGAGAUAAUGUUGCUACUAUGAUAUUGUUUAAUAUCUAUAUUAACAAGUUUGUGGUUGAGUCUGGUACCGCUAAUGUGAUUUUGAUUUUGAAUCUUUCA